CAUUGAUCGGAAAUGGAAGAAUGUCGGACAAAGUUUUGUUUGUAACGUAAAAUGCGAACGUUUCUUGUGCGGUUUUAACAUCAAAAUAGAGAUGGAUAAUCUUACGGACUCUGGGGAAAAUAAUGAUGGCACUUUUAGUUUUGAAGACAGUGAUAGAUUCGAUGAAAUGUCACUGUGUUCUUGGGUCUCCGACCCCGAAAGUAUUUGUGGUGACUGGCGCGGUUGGAAAAGAAGCGCUUCAAACAACGACACUUUCCCAUCGCGAAACAACCAGCCAAAUGUUGAGACUUUAAUAGAACUUUGCUCGAAAGUUGUAGCUGUCUCUGUUUCAUUUGAAACGGUGGAGAAAUCAUGUCCGAAUUUGCCAGAACAGUUACAGUUGAGGAUCGCGUUUUGGUCUUUUCCCCGAAGCGAUGAUAAUAUUCGUUUGUAUUCGUGCCUGGCUAAUGGCUCGUCUGAAGAAUUUUCAAAAGGAGAGCAACUUUAUCGUGUCAAAGCUGUCGUAGAACCGUUGCAAAUAGGGUUUCAUUUAAGUGGCUGUCUUCUUCCUCAUAAUCAUGGGAUGUUACCGACCAAUUGUAACAUUGAUCAGGUGCAUAAGUCUGCCGUGGUGUUUGACCGAGGUCAUGUGACUUCAUGCAUGUGCACAUGUGGUCCGACGGCAGCAUGGUGUUCUCAUAUUGUUGCACUGUGUCUACACAGAAUAUAUCAGCCACAGUCAGUGGUUCUGAGGCCUCCUGUGUCUGAGUCUCUCUCAAGAUUACAAAGAAACCAACUGCAGAAGUUUUCUCAAUAUUUAAUCAGUGAACUUCCUCAACAGUUAUUGCCUUAUGCUCAAAAACUUCUUGAUCAGUUGCUAUUGUCCAAUGACUCAGAAAUAAACACUGCAGUUGGAGCUCCAGAUCCAACUGCAGGUCCAUCUGCUGAAACGAAAAACCAGUGGUGGAUGGAUGAAAAAGCUCUUCGUGAUAACAUCAGAAAAAUGCUGUCAAAAUUCUGCGGUCCUGGUCCUUUUGUUUUAGAAGAAGCUUACAACUUGCAGUUUGCAUCUACUGCUCCACCAACUGCAGCUGAGUGGUCAAACCUGCUGAGGCCACUGACAACUCAUGACCCAGAGGGCAUGUGGAACCUGCUCUCGAUCGUACGAGAACUAUUCCAACACAGAGACCCAAAUGCUGUUGAACUAUUGCAACUACUGACACAAGAGUGUCUCUCCUUUGACCAGAUUGUUGUGUGGUGGUUCAACAGUCGUAGCCAGGGCUCAGGGAGACGGGAACAGUCUUAUAAGAAGAACAAAGAUGAUUACAAGAGCAACAUCAAUACUGCAAGUACAGAGAUGACCAAACAUGCUUGUGCUAGUUUUUGUGAUGAGCUGGUAGUCCUUUGGCGGUUGGCGUGCUUGGAUCCAAUGCUGAGUUCUGAUGAAAAGCAGAAAUUGAGGGAAAGAUUGGAACAAUGGCAAUGCAAGACAAUUGAAAAAGCUAAAAAUGCCCGUUAUCUUGGUGACCGAAUCUUUGGAUACGCUCGAGCAAUUGAAAACUUCCCUGGGUUUAAAACUGCAAUCGAAGCUUGCUCACUGGACUGGUCACUCAUUAUUCUUCGAUCAAACACUAGCAAGAACAAUCCCGGUGAUUUAGUACCCCAAGAGAUCACUGGUCAUACCUCGAGUGCUGAGUUUGAAAUGAAGCAUAUUGAGGAGAUUAACGAAGAUGUUGACACACUAUGCACCAGGGCUGAGGCUCUACAGGUUCAUGGUUACCCAGAAGGAAGUCAAAUUGCAGAACUAAUUUCCGAGAGGAUUCUUGCUGAGAACUGUCAAGGCGAGGAAGGAAAUGAUUCGGUGGAAAGACAAGUUGAAGACUCCAGUUGUUUUAUCAAGAGUUCUGUGGUUCGAGCAACGUUUCUUUGCAACGUUUUACAUCAAGAUCCGAGGAAACACCACUUGGCCUUCAGGAUUGGCCUUCAUGGUUUGCAGGCUCUGAGACGACCUGCGAGGAGCAAAGCGCUUGAAGUGAAAUUAGCAAAUCAAGAGACGGAGUUGGUUAGUCUUCUAAACAAGCUGCCUCUUGGCUCAGCGGAGUUCACAGUGGCGAGGAAACAGGCGCAGUUGUUGUGUCAGGGGAAGUUGGAACGAGGCAAGGCUGUUCUGCCAAUCAAAUUAGCGAUAUUCCUAUUUCACGUUUUGACCAAAUCUCGUGAUCCGACAGACGAGGAUAAGGAAUUGGGAUUUAAAACUGGACUCGCCGCCUUAAACAUGAAAUCAGAUAUACUUGAGACAGAAUAUCCAAUGUUAUGCGAAGGAAUAAGACGACAGCGAGGUGAACUGGCUCUAGCCUUGUUGGAUUACGCCAAAGAUAACUCCACGUAUCUACAGCAAGUCAAGGAGUGUCUGCUGGAUCGCAAACGCUACAGACUGCCGGAGGCUCACUUCAGUGGAAACCGACGAAAUAGUAAUAACAAGGGAAGAAAGGAAAAAAGCUACGAGAAAAGGACUGGGGAUAGUCGUCGUGGGUUUGCUCAGCGCGGGAAAAGGCAAUCGUCUCACGAGGAUGACGACAAUUCCCGAGCCGUUGCCGACGACAAGUCGACAGCAUCGAGGUCAUCAUCGGACAAUGCGAAGAUAUCAUUGUCUACAGACUCCUCGGGUUCUCGUCAGAAUUCCUGGAGUUCCUGCCUCUCGGAUGAUCUUUCCCCACAGGAGGAGUUUAGAGCGGCCGGGGAUAGUGGGAGAGACUCGGACAACGACACCCACGUCCCGGCGAGAUGCCCCUCUCGGGAAAAUUAUAGUGAGGGGGAAAUCUCCGGUAACCAUUCACCCGGGGAAGAAGUACGGAUACAGAGGAGUAGCAGUGGGUUGGCGGGGAGAGAAGGGAACAUCAGUGGCUCAAGCAUAGACCAUCGCGAGGGAGCAAGUAAUGUACCCAUUGAUAUCCCUCAAGAUGAAAGUCGAAAAUCAAUCGCUCAAAAUGUCUUGCAAAACUCCAUCACUCAAAAUGAUGUCCUAAGUGGAAGCCGCAUUCCGCAAGAUGGUAGUGUAAAUUCCAUCGCUCAGAGUGACUCUCAAAAUCAGGUACCUCAAAAUGACAAUGAAAAUCGUGCGCCUCCGGUUGACGAUGGUUGGAAUUCUGACGGAUGGAAUGAAGCUAAAAAUCCUGAAUCUCAGAAAGAAAAUGACAUACCCCAGGGUGAUAAUCACGACAACCGAAGUAAGUUUAGGAAAGGGAGACGAUAUGGCCAGUGGAACAGAAACCCGAGUAAAAGUCGAUCAUAUCACGAUAAGAGAGCGUUGGAGGCUGAAGCACAUUUUACUUUUGAACUUGCAAAGAAAGUUCUUAUGCUCGCUGGAGGGGCGACGCCAUCCCCUAAUUCCAUAUUUGGGCAAGCUGAGCCCACGAGCAACGUAACUCAAUCCAUUUGUAAUCGUUCAUUACAACUCUGCGCGUUCGAGCUGGGAUUGUUCGCCCUGGGACUGCACAAUACGACUUGCUUUAACUGGCUUUCUCGUACCUAUUCUGCGCAUGUCUCGUGGAUAUCCACGCAAGCCCUCGAGUUGGGGAACAUAGCAUUGAACAUUCUCCACGAGAAAUGGCGAGAUCAUCUCACUGCAGCUGAAGUUGCGUCCAUUUCCGACCGAGCGUCGAAGUCGAACGAUCAGUUGACUGUUGAAAGAGCCGCAAAGCUUGCUUUGGCGUGUUUGUCUAUGGCGCACACCUUGAACCCGGGGUAUAUCAGGAGCGCUCUUACCCAGUGCAAGGAGCAGGGUUCAGGACUGUUGAAGGAAGCGUGUAUAGCGGUGGAAACGGCUGCACGUGGUGGGGGAGUGUACCCUGAAGUGUUGUUCGAGAUCGCCAAACAUUGGGAAUAUCUGUACGAGCAAGCACAGCCUCAGGAAAAUGGCGAACACAGAGGUCCACAGGAACGUGGUGCCCACGAGGUCCAGGAUAACGACCCACGUGGCAAUCACGAUGAUCGCGAAACACGCGGACCCCAUGAAGAACCUACGGAACCACGGGUUGAGGACGAGUCACGAAGACGCAUUUCUAACGCCCACUCUUCUCAACAACCGGUCAUUGUAAAAAUGCCUCGCACGGGCCUAUCACCCUCCCAUCACUCGCAGGCCACGUCAUAUGGUUACCGUGACAACAGGAAUUAUGCAUUAUUCAUUCCUCUUCCCACCCCGGAACAACUCGUUCAACAGCAGAUCACUCAGCAAGUUCAGCACUUGGUCGAGAGUUACCAGGUUGGGGGCUGGGGACAACCACAAGUACAACAGGAGCUUGCUAGUGCGUAUCGAGUGGGCAUGCUCGCCUUGGAGAACCUCGGCCGACGACCAGCCGACGAUCAACCGAACACGAUGCUCGCAAAGAGCCCGCCAUUCAAAACCGAAAUACAUUGGCUAUGCGGUAUUGCUAAUAAAGUAGGCAUUUCCGCUCUGCAGAGAUUCUGUAGAGUUUGUGUUAAUUCAAUUCAUAGUCCGUUCGUUUUACAUGAGCUUGCCUUAGAAGCGGCCCGUUUCAUGGCAAAAGCCAAUCCAAACCAGAUCGCAUUUCAUCUUCGUUCGCCGAGUCUGAGUCCUAUGGUUCAAAAAUGCCUCAUGAACUAUUCGCAAUGCGUGCAGCAGAAUCUACAAGGUCUUCCGAAGUCCGAGUACCCGGAAUUUGUCGAGCUUAUAAUGCACGCUCGGGGAGCGUACUGCAUGGCGCCGGGGGGGAUGACACAGUUUAAUGAUCUGCUUCAGAACAUACGACGAAGUACGGCUAAAAAGAAAGAUUUGUGGCAAAAGAUUACCACAGGUUUGGCCCACCAGCAGAAGUGAUAUUACCAGCGGUUGUGGAGAUGAUACAUUAUGUCAUUUCAGUGUAAACGUUAUACUGAUGGAACUACCAUCAUACUGUUGUGUUACUGUUACCAGAAUAGACUACCGUUGAGAGAUGUUAUUCCAUCCCAUAUUUUUGUUGAGAUACUCGGUAUGAAUUGUGUGGUAUAUAACAAUGGGAAUGAACACAGCACAGAAGCAUCGCAAUGUUCCUCGUUCAUUCCGGGAAAAGAAUGACUAUUCAAAUUAUUCUCAAAGGCCAAAGGCUUGUUUUGU